CGUGCCUCGCAAAUCUGUGUCUCAGCUCCCGGAUCAGCAAGCAACUUAAACAGUAUGCUUGUGAAGUCAUUCAGAUCGGCCCUGGUUGCCUGCCUGAUCACCCUUGUGCCUUGCGGAAGUGCUCAAGCAAACAUCGCGAAGCCGACAUCUGCGCAGGGAUAUCAGGAUGUCAACGGCGUGUGGCAAAGCUCUUUAGUUUGUCAAACAGGAUAUCAAUUGAAAGCGGAUGGAAAAUGUUAUCCACAGACUAACAAAACGUGCGGGCCUGGAUACUUUCUUAGCAUUGAUGAACUAUGCUAUCGUACGAAUCCUGAGCCUUGCCCGUUUGAAUCGACGACCACUACUACUACUACAACAACAACAACAGAGCCCACUACCACAACAACAGAGCCCACUAUCACAACGACAACAACAGAGCCCACUAUCACAACAACAACAACAGAGCCCACUACCACAACAACAACAACAGAGCCCACUACCACAACAACAACAACAACAGAGCCCACUACCACAACGACAACAACCACUGCGCCUCCCGUCAUUGCAGAACAGACUCGCUGUCCACCGGGAUCGAUUUACUUCGACUCGCAGUGCAGAAAAAUCGUCUGUUCGGAGGGUGAAUAUAAGGCUGGGCGUUGCAUUUCAUUGGCAUGCCCAGCGGGAACCGUGUGGUAUCAAAAACGCUGCCAACAACCGGGCUUUAUCACCACUAUCCUUGAGAUUGACAAUGUGAUCCACAAUGAGCACAAGUACUCAGUGACCAGUGAAAAUAUAAAUCGUGUGGAGUACAUUACAUCCGCACCCUAUGAUCCCGAUAACGACAAAAGCUAUGACUACAGUAUAGAUAACAUCGUAGCCACAACAACAACCAGACGUCCCUGGAUGUACCCCAGCUUGAGGCCAACUACGGAACAGUCGGUGGCCAAUGAAGUCUUUCCGGGCCGUCAGCCUCCACCGCAAUGCUGUUUUGUAAAGAGCCCUCGCAUCUGCAUCAACUAUGCCCCCAACUGGGUGUGCUCCAGCAAGGAGAAGAAGUUCUGCGAUUCCAGAGUCUGCACGGCCCCGGUGAUAUAUCUCAAGCCACCGAAGGUCGUAUAUGACGAAAACACGAAACGAGUGGUCAUGCCGCCCAAUCCUCCACUUGUGGCGUGCAGCACGCCGGAUUGCAAGGAGAGCGACGUUUUGGAUUGCUCCGGCUGCAAGGAUCACCAGCGGGAUAAGUGCUCGCCGGGCUGCUACAGUUACUACUGUCCCAACGGAAGCUGUGCCUUCAUGAAAACCGAGGACUUUUGUGGCAUUUAUCCUGGAGAAUUUGGUUGCAAUGCAAUGGACGGAUGUAUCUGGGAUUGGUGCAAUAAGAAGUGCUAUUAGCUAAAACAAUUUGUACUCUAUGCAACUUAAAUAUACGUACUUGAACUUAGACGUUAA